UUCAAUGGAGAGACACACCAAACUCAUACACAACCGGGGACCAGUAUUGUCACUUUCUACAAAUAUGUGAAGAGAAAAUUGAAUUUAAUGAUCUGGGAGUAUUUCUCUAUCUAGAGUUCGUGUGGAGUAUAUGAAUUUUUUGAAAAGGCUGCGUGUAGUGUUUUGAUAUUAAAGAGAGCUGUGAAGUGCAAAGUGAAAGCAGACUUGUGGCAGUGUGUAUUUUAGUGUACAAACAGAGUGUCUGACGCUGACAUAGGGGACAGGUGUAAGAGAAUUUGUUUAUACCUAAUGGUCAAUAUUUGUCUUACAUUACAGGAAUGCUACUGCAAUGACCAGAUAGCCCUACAAUAGCCGCACUGACCAGUGAGGUGGAAAGAGAGAUUUAAAACAGAGUCAAACCCCUACAGGCAAAGUGAUAUGGAUUUUGUCAGCUAAUGAAAAGUCAGAACAAGAGAUCUGUGACAGAUAAUGCUGAACCAGGCAUGGUGUAGGAAGUGUUUAAAACAAGAGACUUUGAUUCAUCCAACCUGUUAGGGGUGUGUGCUACCGGUCAGCGAGGACCACUGGACACAGGUGCUUAUCUCUGGACGGGUCAUUUAACAUCUUCCGUAGGUCAUCUGACACAGCCGAUGUGUGAGGUGAUGUAAAAUCACUCCGAAAAUUCUGUUGGGUUUAUAAUCAUGGAAUUUACAUGUGUUUUGAAGCUUUUUGUGAUGGUUUUUAUGACAUUGUGGUAUUCGUCUGCGGUGGUUUGGGGCCAGGGUGUUGAAUAUUACAUACCGGAGGGUGAUCAAACGGACCGAUUCAUCGGCAACGUAGCAACGGACGCCCGCCUUCAGGAGGUGGUAGAUGAUACGGAAUUCCAUAACUUAAGAUAUAGUUUCCUUACGACAGGAAGUGAGUAUGCUUCACUUUUCUCUAUAGAUGAACGUUCUAGUUUCCUUUAUACAGUUGGGGCGUUAGAUAGAGAGACAAUAUGCGAGUUCUCUCCCCCUUUGUGUUGUAUAUCUCGAUGUAGCAGCUCAGUCCACUAUGGGAAGUUUUUUCAAAAAGAUAAAGGUCACCAUUUUUAUUGAAGACAUCAAUGACAAUGCACCGAUUUUUGACAAGCCUUCCAUUAGUUUGACCAUUUCUGAGGCUGUGUUAGUAGGGACAUCGAUCACGAUCGACGGGGCCAGAGACCGCGACACAAGUGACCAAUAUUCUCUUCAGUCUUACAAUGUUACACCAAGUUCUUCACCUUUUUCGAUUAAAUUUUUGAAGAAUUUGGACGGUACUUCGGUUGUCCAGUUGGUGGUCAGGGAACCUUUAAAUAGAGAAAAACAGGAUUUUUAUCAAAUCACUGUCAUUGCUAAGGAUGGUGGCUCCCCGCCCAAAUCAGGUACUCUCAAGGCAAAUAUAUCUAUCUCCGAUGUUAAUGACAAUUCGCCGACUUUUGGCAGCUCAUCAUACAACAUCACGGUGCGUGAGGACAUCAACGUCUCUACAGUGAUAAUUGUAGUUUCUGCGUCAGACUUGGACCAAGGACGUAAUGGCGAGAUUAUGUAUAGGCUUAGUCCACAUCAGGAAGUUACAAAUCUACGACAUUUCAGUAUCAACAAUCGGACAGGUGAGCUCUCAGUGAUUCAAACAAUCAAAUACAUACCUGGUCAAGUGUAUAAAAUUAUCGUCGAGGCUAGCGACAGAGGGGACCAGCCCCUCACCUCACAGACAUUCGUUCAUGUAUCUGUCACCGAUGUUGGAAACAGUCGUCCAGUCAUUACCACAAAUCUGCUCAGUGGCCUUGACAUUGCUAAGGUCUCUGAAUUUGCUGACCUUGGUGCUGUUGUAGCUCACAUCGCAGUGGAAGAUCCGAACUCAGGACGGAAUGGUGAGAUUGACUGUUGGGCUGAAGCCGAUGCUUUUACGUUACAGAGGCUUGACGCUAAAGAGUUCAAAAUUGUGGUCAGUGACAGUCUUGAUAGAGAAAUGCGAGAACAACAUGAGGUCAAGGUCAUGUGCCAGGACAACGGUACUCCACCAUUAAACGACACCGAUAGUUUUAUUGUGCUAGUUGAAGAUGUGAACGACUCGCCGCCUGUAUUUACAUCGCUUUCCUACCAUGAGGAAGUUUUUGAGAAUAAUAAUUUCGGAGAAGUGUUAGUUCAGGUACAUGCUUCGGACGGUGAUAUCGGCCACAAUGCCAUGGUGCUGUAUUACAGUCGCACUGACAACAUCUAUGUGAACGUUGAGGCUUUGUCUGGGAUUAUCAGAGCCAAUACCUCGUUUGAUCGAGAGGCCACCCCCACCAUCGAGUUUGAGGUGCUUGCCAUCGACCAGGGUCAGCCAGCUCUGACUGGUACUGCUACUGUCACCUUGACAGUUAAAGAUGUCAAUGACGAGGCGCCUGUGUUUAGUAAGCCAGUAUUUACAUUUGAGAUUUUGGAAAACAAACAUGCUGGGACAAACGUUGCUCGAAUUGUUGCUACAGAUCGUGAUGAGGGAGACAACUCUAAAAUUGCUUACUCUAUUGUAUCCGGACAAAACCAGAUGAUUCCGUUUUUUCUCUUUCCUAGUGGACAAAUAAAAAGUGAUCGAGAGCUCGAUCGGGAAGUGCAGAGUGUUUAUGACUUUAUCGUCCAAGCAGAAGAUCUGGGACGACCGUCUAAAAAUAGUUCAGCACGAGUAAAAAUUGUGGUAAUGGAUGAAAAUGAUAAUGUUCCUGUUAUAACUGCACCAAGUACAACCAAUAAUAGUAUCUCUCUAACCUCAAACACGGAGGUAGGGACAAGAAUCACCAUCAUUAGAGCGUUUGAUUUGGAUGAGAAAGAGAAUGGAUUAAUAAGAUACUUCAUAACACAAAGAAAUGAUUCAGACUUGUUCGAAUUAAAUGAAAAAACAGGAUCAUUGAUUUUGAAGAGGAAAAUUUCACAAAAAGCUGGAGAAACCCUUGUAUUGGAUAUCAUGGCUUCUGAUCAAGGCAAACCAAGACUCACAUCGACACGGAUGUUAUUUAUUAAAAUUAUCUCCCCUACCUAUUUUACAGACACGAUACAACGUAAUGUCAUCAUCGUUAUAAUCUUAUUGGCUGUCACAGCUGUGUGUUCAGCAGCCAUUAUCGUAAUAAUUUGUGUCUUACGACGGAAUGACCGUGAAAGGAAAGACAAGGAGAAGGAGAUAUACAAACAGGCUACCUCACUGGAGGGCGGGGUCAGUGUGUUCUCCCUCCCUGGGGAGGAUUCCACCCUUGGGGAGAAGAAGAAGAAAAAGGAAGUGAGUUUCUCCCUUGAUGAUGAAGAUAUGCUUCAAAUAGCCGACCCAAAUCAGCUAUCUGCGAAAAAUAACAAUCUGGCGUUGGAAAAGCCUUUUGAGAGCAAGAAUUUUCCCAAGAAACAGGAUGACAAUCACAGUAUUGUGUCCGGCGACACAAACGCCAGCGACAGUGGUCGUGGAGGCAGUGACGAUGAGAACCAUGCGCCCAAACCCCCGCACACCACAAGUACAUUCCACGACCCAAUUCCUCAGAAAUCAUGGUUCGAGUUCCAGAGACCACAGAAUCGGGAGAUGCAAACAUUUUCAUUACAUCGCCCUGGGCCAGGAUCUCCUUCAACGAGCUCCAAACCCAACAGUUAUCGUGACUUUUUGUCUAAUUCUGUCUCAAAUGUCCAGAUACAUGUGACGGCUGAGAAAACUCAUCGGCCAAAAAAUGGCCUCAAUAACAUUUCGUUUGACUCGGGAAAGUUCUCACCCGCUCCAACGAUUGACAUUUCGCAGGACUACAGGGAUUGUGUAGUAUGACGUUGGUGCGAGUGUAAAGAAUUUUUUUAUAUAUUACCUGAAGAAAUUAUAUUGGCUUUAUUGUGUUCAUGUGCUUGUUUGCUGGAAUCUCCUAGGAUCCUAAAUUUUUACGAUUGGACGACAUCUCGAUGUUCAUUAUCUGUAUCAUAUUACUACAGGACUACACAGAACUGUCAGGGCUUUUCACCUGGAUUCUGGGGAUGUAGGUUACCCUGAACCAUAAAGAAGGUCAAGGUCACAGAAAAGCUGUGCAAAAAUGUCAAAAGUUCAUGAACUUAUAAAGAAAGAAAGAUGAACUUAUGAAGCUGAUCCCACGUCACAUGACACAGUGUGUUACCCUGAAGGCUGAGUCACAUGACACAGUGUGUUACCCUGAAGGCUGAGUCACAUGACACAGUGUGUUACCCUGAAGGCUGAUCCCAAGUCACAUGACACAGUGUGUUACCCUGAAGGCUGAUCCCAAGUCACAUGACACAGUGUGUUACCCUGAAGGCUGAUCCCAAGUCACAUGACACUCUGUCACCGUAGGCAGAUGCUAUUCUGGAAAGGAUGAAGGAGGAUGGCAUAAUGGAAAUAGAACAAAAAAACCUUCAAAAGCCUCUUUUUAUCCCAUUUUUCUGACUGCUGCUGGCUGAUGAUCUUGCCUUACGCAAUAAUAGCCAUGCAGCAUGCUCAACGUUCGCUUCCCUGUGACACAAUGAAGAGAUCUGCAAAUGACAAAGAGCAUUUGGUGAUUUACUGCUUCAAGAGACCGUAAUGGAGCAGUCCUUGUUUGGUGUGUAAAUAACACAACACCAAAUGCCACGGAAGAUGGAAACAGCCGUGUUUUAAAUGGCAAGACAGUGGAGAUUUGGUGUGAUAGGAAUUAGAAGAGCUAUUAUCCAGUAUUUGGGAGAGGCUGACAGAACAUUAGUCGUUUGGACCUAGGACUUAUGGGUAAUCGCUUGUCUACAUCUUCAGAUCAUAAAUCAUAUCUAUUGUUCUGGUAUCUCCACCACACGAUCUAACCUCUUACCCAUUCUUACACCAGAAUCACCGAAAUUGUUCUACGCUCGCCGUAUCCAUUUGUUUGAGAUAUUACUGGUGUUUUGCCUCCCUACAGAUCAAUAUACAGAUAAGCAUGGUUUUAUAUUAAACGUUCCCGUACCUAUUUGGAAGCCAUACAUUUCCCCGCAAUAUUACAUAGUAAAUUGUUAGAGUAAUCGGACAGAAGUAAUGUGCGGUCUCCCAAAGGGGCGCGGGCCUGGGGGGAGUCGUCGAGGCACUGGGCUGAUAGUGCAAAUUACAUGUCACAUUGGUGACAUAUGGAGGGAAAGAUUCGAUGGAUUCCAGCAUUCCUCAUUCAACGUGUAUAAGAGAAAACCGUUGCAUGUGAAUACCAACAAUUACACAACUAUGGAGCAGGAUUGUUUGGAAUGGUAACUGACUCCUUAGAGGUGUUUAUCAUAUAAAAUAUCCUACAUAGGGACAAAUUAUGUUAUUAUGAAAGGUCGAUGUGAACAUGAGUAUAAAAUUAGGAAAUUGUGCAUGAGUUAUGUGCCAAAUGUGUAAAUAUUUUUGUAUGUUUGAUGAUCUACAAGACCAUGCUCCCAGUAUUGUAGUAUGAGCCUUAGAGAGGCAUGACAGCUCAUGUAUUCUGGGGAUGUUGUAGACGACCUCGUCUGUCAGGGAUGGUCACACUCUCCCUUGCAUCACUAGCUUCUAACACAGUUUUGUUUUGUGUAAUUUAAAGCUUAGUGUUACGUUAGCGAAUGCUUGACUGGUUCCUGAUGGGAGAACUAAAGUGUGGGAGUAUUUAGGGCCAGUUUUGUUCUCCAAGGAAUUAGUGAUGAGGUUAGGAGUGGGCUCCAGCUAGCUACAUUAUAUGCAUGGUACUAUUUCAGCUGUACCAUUUAAUCCAGAAUAGGAUUUCUUUCCUCACUGUAUCUUCUUUUUUGAAUUCUUAAUCUCCACCCAUUUUUGAACAUCUUGAGGAAGAAAGUGACUUAAGUUUUUAUUAGGAGUUUAACAACAUAAUUCCAUAACCCUUGUUCCUCCCAUCAACCCCCCAAAUAGCUUUGAUUUUGUUUCAUUAGAGAAAUCUGUUGUACAGACUGGUGAAAGGUACGUUACCUUCGUAGGAUACAAUCAUGUCAUUAUCACAUUCAUUUGGUCCCCUUGGCUGCUACUAAUUUAGGGAAUUGAAAUUGGCUGCAAAUUUUUCAAAAAUUAUAUUAAGAAAAUUAGACAUUUUAAAUAAGUCAGGAAAUUAUUAAGUAGCAGUUAUAGCUGGGGUAUACAGAUAUACAACUUUGUACAUUGUACAUGUAUUGGUACAUGGGGGGGGGGGGG